UUCCGCUGCAGCAGCGACAACGGGCAACGUCAAAAAAGAAGGGAAAAUGUGGACAGUAAGGACAAAUUGAGGCCAGAGAAGGAACGUCGAACAAAAUUAAUGGUGUUCGCUACGUUUUGUAGCCAGGUAGUUGUUGUUAUUUGAAGUUACCUGACAAAUAUUUGACAGUUUAAGGGUCGUUUCGAGGUUAAACUCGUCCCCUCUUUCUGUGGUGGUUCGCUUUGAGGAAGCUGCUCGGCUAGCCAGCUAACUUUGCUAGAGAUGGGGACGAAAGCAAGUCGUUUACAGGAAGACCCGGUUCCCUCUGCUUUUGGAAAAGAUGGCACAAAGCGGGACUCCUAUCGGCGACCCCGCUGUUCCAGGCCCACCAGUCUAAUGGUGGACUUCUCUGUGAGCUUCGAGGACACUGAGGCCAACCAAAGUCGAUCGGAGGAAGGCAGCGACUCAGACCUCGGGCAGCAUGGGGCGAGCGCCGACGGCAGCCCCGCUGACCAUCACAGCAUCCCGUCUAGCAUUAGCCAAGCGUCACCUGCGGACGACAACAACAGCGAGGGGAGACCCGAGGAUGAGGGGAAUAUAAGCCCGGAGCCUCCCGCCGUAGCGGAACAUCAGCCCGGAGAGGAAACAGGCCGCACGCCCCACCGCACUUUUUCCGAGCGGCUGCCCGGGAAUCGGCACUCUUCCUCCCGCAGCGUCGGCGCAAGAUCCGCCCGGGUCCGAGGCACACACCAGCGGCCGGUGUCAGAGGCUUGGAUCGGCCUUUACCGUGUUAACAAUCGUCAUGGCAAUAUCCGCUGUCCUUUCUGCUCAAAGCCUUUCCCCGGGGGUCGGAUCGAGGAUCACCUGUUGAGCUGCCUCACAUCCCCUCCCCUACCUUACAACACGGACGUGCUCAGUAAAGACAGCGGAGAGUGUUCCAUCUGUCUGGAGGAUCUGUUACAGGGGGAGACCAUCGCCAGGCUGGCUUGCCUCUGCGUCUAUCACAAGAGCUGCAUUGAUUCCUGGUCCAAGGUGAAGCCCUGCUGCCCCGAGCAUCCCUUUGAUUGACUCGCAGGUCACAUGUAUUCUGCACAGUGACCAACACGACUCAGGAGACUACACUGAACCCCAGUAAAAAUCCCAAUAAAAAUGUGUAUUUGAACAAACAAAAGCCCCAUGUUCCUAUCAGACACAAACCUUUUAUUUUAGCGGAUAACGGACGGUCCUAAGACGAUCGACACCAGAGGCUCUCCGCUUGGAUCGAUCCACAUGAACUUGGUCUCGGACAUUUCAAGCCAAACUCCAACCCCCCUCCGUCAAAUCUGUGGCUCUGACCCUGCGUUGGAACAGAUGUGGAGGAGGUUCCCUUUCUUUGAUACAGACUUGGCUUGAGUCCUUGGAAUAUUAAAUAAAGAAAUAUUUCAGUUAAACAUUAUCAUCCCAGAACGAUGGAACUCUGCCCAGAAAGAUCUUGAACUCGGGAAGGAACAUAGAAAAGUUGAAAACUGUGACUCUGGAUCCUCUCCUGUGUAUUUUUUCCGCUCUCAGAACGGGAUUGGUCAUUUUAUCAAGUAUUUUGCAGAAAGAGUAUUGUUCCACGUCAUACAUUGGAUGAAUGUUUCUUUCCUUGGCUUACCCCAAAUGAACCAACCUCACACUGAAAGCGUGAACUGUUACCGUACAAAUGUUGCUUUACUUUAACAUAGCUGGAGGUUGAGGGCUUGUUUUUUGGUGAACGGGGCUGCCGAUUUUUUGGUGUUUUGCUUUUUUUUCUGUUACCAGUUAACAUUUCAGGGGAAAUUUGGGGGCUCAUUGUAUUUCUGAGUAGGUCAGUUUUCUCGUAGGUGGAUUGUUUGUGCUGCUACUUGCUGAGUGUUCAGGAGGGCUGAGGUUUUUUCAUAGGGCCAUAGUAGCGCCGUGUUGGCAUCCAUAUGAGCACUUUUGUCCCUCAAGGCUGAUUUUUUUUCCCCCCACAUAAGGUCUGGGAUAAGGUUGUGUGUGUUUGUGAGUGUGAGACGAUAACCAGGGACAAGAAAUGUCCUUGUGAGCAUGACUGUAUUCAGAAAAAAUGUGUGCGGCUUUGUGUGUUUACUGUAGAUUGCCCAGAAGUCUGCUUGGUCAAGCGAGUUUUUAAUUUUUAAUGGGGUUGUCACCAUACCAGCAUUUGACCUUUGAUACAAUUAUAGUAAAAGUCAAAUGAUAUUAACACCUGUUUGGAUACCAUACCCACAAAAAGAACUCCUACACAUCCAAAAUGUGGUAAUUUUCUGGUUUUUAGUUACAUAAAAUAGAGUGCUGCAGUCAAAAAUUCCAAACACUGGAAAUGAAUUUGCAUUAUAGCACUUCUGGUUCCAUUGCCUAGAAGUUUAUGGGAUUUUUGAACAAGUUUUUGAUUACAGUGUGUCAUAACUGCAAACAACGUGGGCGAGCAUCAGUGAUAAAAUCAGCUUGAUUACAUUAAUUGUUAUUAUAGUAUCUUGACAGCCCACGGGUGAUGCAGCUCGACAUGGCACACCUUGUUUUGGCCAAUCACCCUGGUUACAUCUUUCCACGCUACACACUUUUUUGGUCCAUCACCCUGUUCCUAUUUCCCUUUCUGUCACUUGUGUUGAUGUGGCCGAGGAACAAGGAAAGAGGGAGAUGACAAGGUACCAGGAAUGUCUGAACAGAUUAUUUUUCCUGAAUUUUUUUCCCUCUUUUUUGACCAAAUAGAGCUUGUUACCUUGUCUGAAAAGGAAUGGAGAUAAUUGUGCAUUAGGGGCUGUGCUAAUAACUAUCAUUUUGAGAGCUGGCAGUGCUCAUUUUCAAUAAAAAGCCAAUAUAGUCCAGCAGGAAAAAAUGCCCUUGCCCUAUUUGUCGAUAUCACUUCUCCCUCACUGGCCAAUCAAAGUCAAGAAGGGGAAGGACCUAUGAUAAUGGGGAAGGAAAACUAAUUCGGCUUGCCUUUUCAAGGGUUAAGUUUCAAUGUCUUGAACUGCUGCCUUUGUCAGGACUCGGGCUUGAUUCACCAACUGGCUCUACUGAUAGGGAGCGAUAGUGGCUGCCUCUUUAGCUCAUGUUAUGGAGUCUUUAUGCAGGCCUACGAUGUAAUAAGUCACUCUGAUUGGCACACAUCAAAUGCGACUGACAGAACAAUCGUGCAGUCACUCUCAGAGAACUGUUUACAAAGAUUCAGCCCUUCCCAAACACUUUGUAUGGGGGUUGCCCAUGUGGUUGGGAAAUAUAUCUGUUGUCAUAGGUACAUGACAGUCUAUCUGGCUUGUCAGGUUAAUUUUAACACAGAGGUAAAACUGUUUGGCUUGUGGCCAUCAUAGACUAAUCAAUACAAAUACCAAUCAUCCAUUUCUCAACAUUCAAAAUAAAAAUGCUAGAUGUCGUACUGUUUCGAAAGGAAGUGGACCGCGAGUGCGCAGUGCUGUCCGAUGAGAUGCAAUACCUGAUGCUUGCAUGCUGUUAGGACACAGUUUUAAAUGUUGGAAAUAAGACCUGUGGUAAACACAAGCUUUACAAGUUUUUCAUGUUUUUCUAGGACAUAAAACAUCUGAAUAGGCCACACUUUUGAAUUUUGAGGCUUUUCACGUCACUUACUACUGAAAGCGGUUCUUAACAAGUGGCUACCUAGUACCUCAGAGUUUGUUCAGGACAUCAAACAUUAUCACGCCCAUCAUGUAAACCAGUGUUUCCCACUCUUAGAACAGACUUGGGCGGGUCCCCCAGCUGUAUUUAUAGCCACCCAGGUGUAUUUGCUGACCAUUUUAUCUUUUGAAAAAUUUGUAUCACCAUCUGUGUACACAUGAGAGACAUUCAUUGGUACAACUCGCCUAUAAAUGCAGCUCUUACAGUGUGAUGUCUCCUCUAGGGGUCAAGAGAUAUUGUAUUUUCAGUGCUGAAACCAACUAUUAAUAGUUUUUGAGACUGAAAACAGAUAUUUGGAAGCAAUAUGCAUUUAUUAGGAUGUAAAAAAUAUACUUAAUGUGACAUAAGUAAAAUAGUCGAACAAAAAAAAUGAAGAAAAAUAGAUAAUUUGGCUCUAUAUCUAUGAGCACGAGAAACAGGAAGUGAUUCCAUACGCUCACUGUGUCAGUCGCACCAAGGCUUAUAUGUUGAUUGGCUGGGAGUUAUGUAACGUCAUUCACAAAUUAUGAAAGUAAACUUAACUUAGGAGGAUUAUCUUGAUGAAAAAUGUGUACAUUUUUCUCACCACAGAGUUUAGGACAUUAAUAACCCAAAGACCAGUGGAAGAAGGCCCAUAGGCUUUUCGUCAAUGGAGCCUGCGUGAUGCUAAUUUACUAAGACUUAUCAUCCCUGCAGCACUCUAUUACAGGCAAAUUGUCAGAGUUGCACAAAUGUGAUAGGUGAACAGAUUUGUGUAGUUUAGACAGUAUUCAGGAGCUUUUGGUUUAAAUUACAGCUGAAGAUCUGACAUUUGUUAAAACUUUAGUUCUGUAUAAUGAAUAUUCUAGAGCGUGGUGGGGCAAAAGUAUCAAACAUUUUGGCAACCUCACAUUUAUUGGUUUGUGAUUUCAAGCAUUGCUUUGGUACACAACAUGGAGGCACAUGUGGUCCUGUGUGAACUCCAAAUGUGGUUUGGUUUUUUUUGUCCAACUACUCCCCCUCCUCCUGACUCAAUCUCUGGGGUGUAGUCUGGAUUUUUGGGGCUAGAUCCCAAGCGUCAGUUUGACCAGAUGGUUAUAUUAAUGCCAGACCGAGGGGGGGUAAAUGGAGGAUGGAUUGAGGGAUGUAUUUUUGGGGACAUGUUUACACCAUGUGGCAUCCGCCUCGCUUUCCAACACUUGAGGCUACGGACAGCUGAUGGUUAAAUAUUACAUAACCACCCCCUCCCUUUUUCCCUUCUCUGAUUUUUAAAAUAUUUUAGACAUUAUAUCAUCGCAGUAUGAUCAGGAUUAUUGCUCAAUGUGUUAGAUUGUUUCUUUUGCCUUUUUGUGUGUGUUGGUUGCCUUUGCCUGGUGAGGGGGUUUUUGUGCGAGCAGGUUGUUGUUGUGUUUUUUAUAGGGCUUAAAAGCCCAACAUGUAAGGCUGCUCAACAGAUGCUGUCUGAAACAGGUUGCACACAGACCGAGAGAGGAAGCGAGAAAGAACAAAAAAACAUGAAUUGAUUGCUUUUUGCUGCCUGCUCACAAAGGCGAGUCUGCUCCAUGUGUUUAAAUCUCUGCGCUAUGGAUUGGUGAAGAGGUCAACCAAGUGCACAGGUUUCCUACGGGCUCGUUCAUUCACCCAAGUAUGGAGUCAUCAUUGUUGCAAAACUCAAAAGCACGUUUUUGGUCAGCAUAAUUACUGAUUUUGGGCUCUGAUUUUUCUUCAAAUCUUCCAUUAAUGCUUGCCUUUGUGAUCCAAACUGCACAGAUUUUCUCUGUGCUCUAUAUGUCUGCUUGCUCACAAGUCUUUAGUCACUUGCUCCGAUCUAUGUGCUAGUCUAAUCUUAUGAAGGUUGUUGCUGCCUUCAUAUGAAACAGGCCACUCUCUGAUUUUUCUCUGGGCUAGCAUAUGAAACUGUUUUUUCCCCACGCACCAAAUUCUGUGUCUGGCAUAUAAAACUUUAUCUCUGCAUAUGAAACCUUUUCUCCCACGUACGAAACUUUCUCUGCGCUUUCAAAACUUUCUUUGUGGGCACGAAACAUAUUUCUGCUCUUAGAAUUUUUGAUGAACUAAUAGGGAUUUGAAGUUGACAGAGUUUGUUGUGUAUGUGAUGGAAUGUAGGGACUCUCUCAGGAAGAUAAAACUCAACAUCUCCUGGAGAACGGCACUGCAACAAUGAGAGAAGCAAACAUGAUUGGUCAGUCUAUAUCUGCUUCCUAUUGGCUGGUUUAUCAAAAAAUCCAAGAGCAGAAAUAGAGCUCAACAGCGUGGUUACUGAAGUAAAAUUCCCAAUUAUUUUUCUCCAUAGAUUUGAUUAUUAGCCAUAUCGUCAGAAAUAUCCAAGGUAGACUUACACGAGCUACCUCAGUGAAACGAUGAUAUAUAUUUGCUCCUGUAGAAGACAAAGAAAUAUGUACACAGUCUUCUGACUUUGCCUUUUCCUCUAUUUUCAGAUGCCGUUUUGUGCCAAAUCAAAUGUAUUUAUAGUCGUAAGUAAUGAGGUAACAGGUUAGCUUUGUUCAUGCUUUAAAAGUGUUGUAAUAAGGAGUUUAUGAAAUGUCUGGGGAGGUUUUGAAUGGCGAAUUUUCCUUCCCAGAAUCAGCGCUGCAGAAAAAGUAGGCAGGCACUGUUGAGCCCUAUAUAGCUCAACAGUGUGGUUCUGCGCUCGCAAAAAAUACCGGCGUCUGUUGACGACGACCACUCAUGUCACUGUUGUAUGAAGCAAUAAAUACUCUUCAUAUGAUAUAUUACAAUAUUAUUCAAAGAGUAAACACUACAAUAAAAUGUAGAAAAAUUUACAUUGAUAGUUUAAAAGCUUGAAAAGCUACCCUUAGCAACAUAUAAAAUGAAUGGCAAUGGACUGUGGGAUACGUAGUUCCUUUAUCCUUGUAAAGAAAUGCACACACGGUCGUGCUCCUUUCGCAUUUUUGUUUUGAACACCUUUUUGGCAAUGAUUGAAAUGUUUUAUAGCUACGAGUAUUCAGGUAGCUGGUUAGCUUGGUUCAUGCAUUAAAAGUGUUCGAAGAGAAAGUUUUGUAAAUGAGCACAAAAAAAUCAGUAGCAGUUUCACAAGUGAGCAGAAGCAACUUUUAAUGAGAUGAGAAUGGUUUAAGCGCAAUCACGGGAAAUAUGAGCAACCAACACAAGAUUUUAGCACAGGCAGAGAGAAAAAUCUAAGCACAAGGAGGCAGGUUUAAGCACAAAAGCAGGUUUUAAUGGAGAGUUUGAAAACAAAAUUUGGAGCCUACAAUCAGAAAGUCAUACUCUCAAAAUGUGCUUCUGAGUUUUGCAACAAUAAUGACUCCAUACCAAAGCUUCCUUCAUUUCUGUUAGCAGUCUGAGGUGCUAUGACGUGUCCCGCUACUAUAGGGCAGCCCUGUGCAUGUUUCUCUUUAUUGUAUUGGAGAAUAUUAUAAAAAUAAUGCCAAAUGUUUGUCUGUGCAUCGGGGGCAUUGUGUGUGAGAGUGUGGGAGAGGACAUGUAUUGAUCAUUAGAUGUUACAUUUGUUGUGGUGAUAAGUUAUGUAUUGUAUACUUUGGCAGGGAGGGACGGGGUGCGUGUGUGUGUGUUUUGGGGGGGAUUUUGGUAGUGUUGGUGGGUUGUCGAUAAAGAAACGAGACAAUCUAAAACCUCUACAUUGCUCUCAUUUACUCUCCCUCCCCUUUCUAAGCUGUGUGGUGCAAUACCUCAAUUUUUACCAAUGCUAACUAAUCGAUCUGUGUGUAAACUAGCUCCUCUCCAACAUGAACGGUGUUUUGUAUAAAUGUCCCCAAGUCCUCGGUCUGUGAACCGCAGGGUGCCGAUCCCCUGUCUGCCCUGUGUUUGAGGCUGAUGUGUUAGAUGAGAAUGUUUUUUCAGAGAGUCAUCACAGCGGUAUCUGCAUCCCCAAGAUAUGGACAAUCUGCCUUUACUCUGGUAUAAAAAAUUGAAUUUUAUUUAUUAAAUUGUAAAUAUGUAAUGCAAUUCAAAGAAAAUGGCUUGGUCUUUGUCUGUUCAAUAUACUGUUUCUAAGCUCCGAUCUUUUGUAUGUCUCAUAAAUUGUUUUUAUAUGUAUUUUUUACAAUAAAUAUGUGUGAGAGAAGUUUGUCUAUGUCUGCUGUGCUUUUUAAUUGUUUUUUUUUUAUCGUAAGUGUCCAAACUAUGGCCUGGGGACCAAAUGCAGAAUGUCUAUGGGGGAUUUGAAUGGUGAAUUUUACUUCCAGGAUCAGA